UGUGACAGUGGGCGUGGCUUUUCACUGCUACGGUGGACUUAGCGUGCGCGUGCAAAUGAUAAACGUCUGACCGUGAUAAAGUCCGAAUUUUGCACGCGUGCACGCCGUAGCGAGCUUCUCCUCCUUGUUGAAUGGAGUUUUGAGGAUGAAGAUGGCCCGUGAACAGCCCGUGUUUCUGACCGACGACGUCGUUGCUCGGUUUCUUCGUUAUGACGAGUUGAUUCCGCGGCUGGAGGAAGUUCUGGGGAAGUUUUCCCUGAGUGACAGUACAGAAGUGGUGCAACCUGUGAGAUGUGUGGUCCCUAUAAACAAACACAACGGGUAUUUAGGGCUGAUGCCUGCAUACAUUACACAUGAGGACACUUUGUGUACGAAGAUGGUGGCCUUCUACAGACGGGAAGGAAACUUCACUUUACCUUCAGCUCAAGCCACCGUGUUACUGUUUAACCCUGAAUAUGGCAACGUCAAAGCGGUUAUGGAUGGGUCAGAUAUCACCCAUAAAAGGACAGCAGCUGUGUCAGCCAUUUCUGCUAAACUGCUGAUGCCCGAGCAGUCGGACGUCUUGUGCAUCCUCGGCUGUGGCCAGCAGGCUGUCAGCCAUUACGAAAUCUUCACGCAGCUUUUUUCCUUUAAAGAGGUGCGUGUGUGCAGCCGGAGACUGGAGACAGCCGAGCGGUUUGCUGUGAACGUCAAGGGUCCUGUAAAAAUCUUUUCUUCUGCUGAAGAGGCAGUGCGUGGAGCGGAUCUCAUCAUUACGGUCACUAAUUCUAAUGAGCCGGUGCUGUUUGGGGAGUGGGUUAAACCCGGUGCUCAUGUUGCAGCGGUCGGGGCUUGUCGUCCAGACUGGAGAGAACUCGACGACGCGCUGAUGAGAGACGCCGUGAUUUACGUGGACAGCAAAGAGGGAGCUGCAGUGGAGUCAGGAGACAUCAUUCUGUCUGGAGCAGAAGUGUUUGCUGAACUUGGAGAAGUUUUAAACGGAACUCGUCCUGCUUUGCGCAACAAGACGACGGUGUUUAAGUCGCUGGGGAUGGGGAUACAAGAUGCAGUCGCUGCUAAGCUUGUGUUUGACAAGUGGAAGAGCAGCCAGUGAAGUAUCAGCCUGGACACGAAGAAUCACCAGCAGUACAAUUAUAACAACUCUAAUUUGUAAAAUGGAACACAGACAGACAUGAAGUAAAUCUAUUUAACAGACACGAUGACAGUGGGAACUGAUUUUAGAUGAACUAACUGCUUAACACUUGUAUGAAAUCACGAAUACUAAUUUCUACAGAUUGUUACAGUAAAAAAUUCAAAAAAUCUCACAAGAAAAAUAAAACAUCUAUUUGGAACAACUCUUAA